AUGGCAGAAGCACUAGCAGCUGAUAUCAAAGAGAAUAUCUUGACAUGUAGCAUCUGUCGAGACGAGUUUGAGGACCCCCGUGUGCUGCCUUGCUUCCAUACAUUUUGCUACGGCUGUAUAUGUGACCAUGCUACACGCACGCUGACUCCAAAUAGGACAUUUAUGUGCCCCGUGUGUAGAGAAGAGAUCCAGUUUCCAGCUAGUGGACUUCAUCAACUGAAAAAGAAUUUUGUUUUCAGCAAGACCAAGGAUAUCAUAACCAAGCAACAAGAGAGACAGACGCUAGAAGAGGAACAGGCCAAUGUAGCAGCAGUGACACAGGCCAUUGCACAGAUGACCAUCAGUUGUGAGAAACAUCCUAAUAAUGAGUUAAAAUAUUACUGUGGAGAUGAUAAUACUGUUAUAUGUGUUAAUUCUGCUUAUGACAACUGGAAAAAGCAGAAGGAGGCAACCAAGGGCAUCAUUGAAUUCCACCAUGCCACCUUGCACAGUGCCUGUGAUUUUGCCCAGGAACUUAUCACUAAUGGCACUGACUCUGAAAUCAUGCUUCAUGCAAAACCUCUGAUAUUAAGACUGGCAGUGAUGGAAAAAACACCUGUCCCAACUCCAGACACACCAGCUCAGAUAUCUUACAUACCAGGUAAGAUAUAUACUGCCAGACUUAAAGCCAUGUUAGGACAGGUGACAGAAGAAUUACAACUUCCAUUACCAGGACAAGGAACAAAUCCACGUUCAGCACCAAAUCUUCCAGUUUUCUUUGAGAAGGUAAAAUGUACGCAUUCCUUCUGUACGCUGAAAGGUGACAUAAUAUUGCGCAUAUAUGGAUUGGCCGUUGAUGAGCAAUAUACAUAUGUUGUGGAUCAAUAUAAUUCUUGGCUAUGGAAUGCCAGAACAAAAUUGUUCACACAUGAUGGAGAAUUAAAGUUUGACUUUAAACUAAAUAAUCCAUUUGAUGUGGCUGUGUCACAAACUGGUCACCUGUAUAUAACAUCAAGGGUAGACAAAUGUGUCAAAGUGUACUCCACCAGAGGUAAGCAGGUGACAACCAUGGGUCGUGGUAUACUUGAGGCCCCAUGUGGUAUUACAGUGAACAGACAAGGUCAUGCGAUGGUUUGUGACGAAGAAAAGAAAUUCAUCUUCACAUUUCAUCCAGACAGUGGACAGCUUCUGAACACUAUUCCACUCCGUAUGUGUAAAAACCCAGUGUACAUCACAGUGAACAGCUUGAAUGAUAGCAUCGUGAUAUUAGACAUAGACUGUGUCAAAUCCUGUGUACAUGUUCUGUCACCUACUGGUAAUCAGCUGUACCAGUACCAGUAUGGAGAAAAAGGCAGUGAUGGUAGUGGUGAUGGUCAGCUGGGUGGACUAUGUGGAGUGUGCACAGACAGCUAUGGUCAAAUUUUCAUUGCUGACACGAUUAACCACAGGAUAGUGGUACUGAGUCCACAGGGACAGUUUAUCAGAUACAUUGCCACUGAGGAUGAUGGGUUGGAGCAUCCCAUAGCAUUAGCCAUCAACCCUGCCGGUCAGCUGGUGGUGGCAGAGGAAGAUGGCAUGGUUAAGACAUUCCAGUACUUAUAG